CGGGACCGACCAGCUCUGGCAGGCUUCCAGCUCAAAGCCCCACCCAUUUCCAAACAGGCAAACACCUCCCGUCCAAAACCCUACUUCGAACGCCAGAACACGCGGAGAUCUCAGAGACAGACCCAUAUUAAUAAAUAAAAAUUCCUAGGGAUGUCCUUCCCCAGACUCCGAUCCCGCCUCGCCUCCUUGCUCACGAAGCACCACCGACGCCCAUUAAGCUCCGACGUCCAGCCAUUUGCCUCGUCGCCUGCAUCUGCAUCUGCCGCUGCUGUUGCUCCUCCUCCUCCUAAUACUACUACAGAUACUCCUCUGGGUCCUUUCGAUGCGAGCAUUUCAAGCAGCAACAAAGGUUGGAGGUUUCUCAAGUACGGUCUCAUCGGAGCCCUCACCGGAGCCACCGCCACUGCAGGCUACGCCUCAUAUGCGUACACUUUGGAUGAUAUCGACGUGAAGACGAGGGCAUUACGAUCAUCAGUGAAUUUCAAUGCGACGGACGAUGCCUCGGCUGUUGAAAAAUUUAAAGGCUUGCUUUACUCUGCUGCAAUGACAGUGCCUGCUAAAGCAGUUGAGCUUUACUUGGAAAUGGGGAGGCUAAUCGAAGAGCAAGUUCAGAGUUUUGCUGAACCAUACGCAGAGAAGCUUCUUCCGGAUUUGCAUCCUGCAGAGCAACAUGUUUUUACACUUGUUCUAGAUCUGCAAGAGACCCUAAUUCACUAUGAUUGGACGCGAGAGAAAGGCUGGCAAACUCUCAAAAGACCUGGAGUUGAUGCUUUCUUGGAACAUCUGGCUCAGUUCUAUGAAAUUGUCAUAUAUUCUGACGAGCAGAGUAUGUUUGUAGAUCCUGUUGUAGAAAGGCUGGAUCCUAAGCAUUGCAUACGAUAUAGGCUAUCUAAGGGCGCUACCAAGUACCAGAAUGGGAACCAUUACAGAGAUCUUUCAAAGCUUAACAGGAAUCCUGGAAAGAUUCUUUAUUUGAGUGGCCAUGCGCUUGAAGGUUGCCUUCAAUCAGAGAACUGUGUUCCUGUCAAGCCAUGGAAGCAGCAUGAGACAGAUGAUACAGCUCUUUUGGAUUUUAUACCAUUUCUUGAAUUUGUUGCCCGUACCAGUCCACCUGAUAUCAGACCAGUACUGGCAUCAUACCAAGGGUGUGAGAUCCCAACAGAGUUCAUUAGGCGUUCUAAAGACUAUCAGAGGCGAAUGGAAGAACAGAAGCAGCAUGGUCGUUUAUGGAAGCGUUGAGGCCAGAAUAAAUGUAAAAAGAGGUGAAGGAAGUUGUAGGGCUUGAUUAUUAACUUGGGUUGACGAAAAAAAAAAAAGAAAUACAAGGCACUGCUUUUGAAGGUAUGAAGACAAUUUUCUUUCAAGCCAAAAGCCAUUUUGGCUAAAGAUUUUGAACUGCAUCAUAUAAGUUCUAGCAAGAGAAUUCUGUAAUUGGUUCACUGACAUCUGAGACUGCGAUUAUUGCAUCUUGAUUAUUUUUUAAGCGCGAGAAACAUAAUUUUGGCUUUUACAUAAAUUGAAGAAGUUUUGUGCUUGUUGAUAA